AUGGGUGGCGAACAGGUGUGUUUGAUUCGAAAACCGGGCAUUACCACUACAAUGAAAAGUAUGAUAUCUUAUGGUGAGACAAGCACCAAAUUUUUAGACACGGUUGGAUGGGGUCUCGAUGAAAAUAAACAGGUGAUUCUAGAUUCACCCAGUCAUACAUUCAGCGGAAAACUACCGCUUAAAUUUUUAAUGGGGUUUGCAGAGGACUAUAAUAAAGGAAUUCUGAAUAUAAAGCAGGAGCUUAUACUCAUCAUAGCACGCUCAUUCAAAAACUCCUAUAUGGGGGAAGUUGAUGCGAAUGUGACGAUCAACAAAAUCGAAUGGAAGAUAAGGCAUGUGAUGCCGUCCGAUAGGCAGAAAUUGAAGUUGUUGAAUCGAUUGAAUAAAAGUUCUACAGCAAAAAUCAAGUUAGCAUACAGGAUGUGGGAUUUGUAUGAGUUACCGGCCAUUCGUGAAACAGCUUCAGAUAUUUGGGCUAUCAAAACAACUAGUAGCCUCGAGCGCCCGAGAUACAUCAUUAUCGGUUUUCAAAGCUCCGAUAAUACAGAUGAUAGAUCCAAGGACGCUACGAAAUUCAUUCACGCAGGAGUGAAUAAUAUUCGCCUUUACUUGAAUUCAGAAGUUUACCCAUAUGAGCGCUGGAAUUUGGAUUUUGACAGAAAGUUAGAUGCUGUGGCUUACUAUGCAUACGAAAAUUUCCAACGCAGUUACUAUGGCAAAGAUAUGGGUGAACCAAUGAUGAGUAUUGAGGAGUUCCGAAAAAAUCCGUUAUUCAUCAUCGACUGCUACCACCAACCCGAUGCGAUGAAAACUUCUACUGUCGACAUCAAAUUGGAGUUUGAAACCCGCGAAACGAAGUUUCCACCAAACACAAAGGUUCGUGCAGUAAAUGGUGGGGUUACGAGAAAACUGACUGCUUCAAAAACAGACAAAAAAGCAGAUUUGUCGAAAGCGGCAGUGAAUUUAUUCUUUCCUAAUGUUACUAGAAGUCCAGCAUGUUCUUCUGGAAAUGAGAAUAUUUCUGAAAUUCUCAAUUUUCCACCCACCAGUUAUGAUAUCAGGUUUGAUGAUAAUACAACUGAAAACUCGUCCAGUGUCAUUUCUCAGAAUGGUCAGAGAUUUGAUCUACGAACAGACCAUAUUGAUCUGGCUUCUCAAUCAUCACAGCCUAAUGCAUGGCAGUGUGAAGCUCCACCAAUAGAAAAUGUAGAAGAACCAGAUGUACUACCUAAAGUGACUAUAGAACAAGAAAAUGACAAUUCAGGUUCUGAAACAGAUGAUGACUUGAAUAUUGCUAUUCAGAAUAGUUUGAAAGAAUCAUUGACACCUUCUCUGAAAAGCCGCAAUAUUUUAGCAAUAUUUUAG